AUGAAGGCCCGGGGUGCGGCGAGGGAGGCAUACCAUUUCCGGCCUCGAACCUUUGAGCUUGCUUUGCAGCAACAAACACAACAGCAGCAAGAGAGACGACUACCGAGGAUGCGGAGCGUCACAUUCCGAGGCGCGUCCACCCUGGAGGAGGCCAACGAUGGCUUCCAAGAAGCGGGAAAAACGAAGAGACCACGGGGCCGACCUCCCGGCUUUCCCAUAGCCCAGGAGGAGGCUGCAAGGAGUUCGAGGCAAGGAAAGCUGACCUUUGCGAGGAAGGUUGAUACGGAUCUGACCGGAGACCGAGGAGACGGUGUUGGGGGCCUAGGGGUUACGACUCCAGAGGCCGCGGAUACCUUGGAGGCGGACGGUCAGGAUGUCGGAAUGCAGGGAGCUGGGUGGGCUCCCUUCAACCGUAGCACGACGAAUUCUGAAGAGACGGGCCAAGAUAGUUGGACCGGCGAGCCCAAGGGCAUAGCGGCGUAG